GAAUGGUCGAGUUGGAGCACUUGUUCCAAGUCAUGCAAUGAAGGAAUUGAAAUGAGAAACAGAACUUGUGAGCACUGUAACACAACUUUGCCAACACAAAGCUGCAAGAAUCAACCAUGUCCGGGUACGUAGACGUUACAGGGCUUCUAAACAUGGCUUGCGCUGGUCAGCGAAACAAUUCACCUUAACGAUUAACAAAUAAAUGGCCUUAAGCAAAGGCGUUUUGAGUGACGAAGGUCAACCGUAAGUGGCGUUAUGCAUAAUUGGGCAGUCGUUUUACCCAAAUUUCGGGCACUGAAUCGUAGCUAUAAGAGUGAAGACACUUAUUAAUAUAAAUUUGGUGGCGUCAAGACUUUUAAAAAGGAAAACGCCUCACUACCAGUUGACGCGCGCCCCUUAAAACGCUCUUACCCGUAAUUUUCUUGGUCUCUCUAGAUCUAUUUCUACCAAUGCAAGCUACAACACCAUAAACCAGCUAGCUAGUCAGUCAGACCAACAGCCAUUUUAGUCAUGUGAAGUGACAGUUACCGAUAUCAUCACUCAGUGGCAGCGACGUCUGCAGUUGAUAAAACCCGGUACUUUAUGGUCUGAUCAGUAUUGCGCCCACGAUCAACCUUCCUGUAGACUGGCGUUGUAAAGGGCAACUUUGAUUCGCUCACCCAUUUUCUUGUCCUGUCUCUUCCUUGGAUGUUGUUAAUGUCAGGACGCUUCUCUUGUGUAUUUUCUUCCUUUACAGAUAUUCAAACUCAGAUUAUUGUGAUCGUCGUAGUCACAGUUGUAUUCAUCUCCAUCUUAACAGCCGUUGUUGUGGCUAUCUUUUUUGUCAAAGGAACACAUUCCGGAAAACCGAGAGCCAGGUUAGUUCGCAUCAAGUUCGAACAAAUACCACUUAACUGAUGCGGUGGGAGAUAAGCUACUUUUUAUUCUAAAUAACUGGGCCAGGGGUGAAUACAGUUUUGGAAUCGAAUUCUGUUUUGAAACAUUUGAGAAUUAAUCACGGCCCCAAAGUUUUGGUGCUGGUGGUGGUGGUAAAAAAGAGCAUUAUGAUACAUGCUUGUCAACUGCAAUGGAAGUCACAAGUACUAAUGAGACAUACAUUUGAUGUAAAGGAAGACUGGCGCGAAACACUUUUGCGGCUAUUCAAGAGUUAAUAAAUAUUGACUCCCUCCCCUCCCCUCCCUUCCUCUCCCUCACGCAACCAUGGUGCUAAAGAUGAACCCUUAUCAAAACUGGGGAAAUUGGGUUUUUGAGAGUUUGUUCUUUGUGAACGAUCAUUAGGCUAACAAACCCUGCGUUGACACCGGCCUUUUUCUCAAAUCUAAUCGUCAGCUCUUUUCAAUGAGGAACUACUAGUACCGUUUUCUGUUUCCCAAACUGAAAAUGUUUGUGGGUACAAGGUUGAAUAAGACACAAAAAACCAAACAACGUACAACACAAAAAAACUUAAGAUGGCGGGCAAGUGGCCGUUCAGAGUAAAGAGAAAACAAGAGUGACUGUAUUCGUCGAGACAAAUUAAAACGAAAUCUGCAAGGCGUCUAAACUUGUCAACGUCUAUGGAAAACUAAUGUGCAAACGUCUUUAUAAAUAUUUUGCGCUGCGUUUUUCACUGAUUGUCUCCCUUUUCUCUGACAGCUCUGUCGACUCAAGCAGGAGACUACGAACCAUGACUCUCAAAAAGGUUCCAGGGGGAAUCAACGUAGAACACAGAGGGUUUCUAUUACAGCGCUUGAUAGAGAGCAGAGGUUCACUUCAGACUAGUAAAACUACGUUGAAGGACUAUGGAGAAUCUAAACUAUGA